GAGAGAGAGAGAGAGAGAGAGAGAGUGGGAGAAUGGCAGUCCCCGGCGGCCCACUCUAUCUUACCACCCGAGUAAUCCAAGGCCGCUGGUUCAUGGUCUACGCCUGCUUCCUCAUCUUGUCAGCCGCCGGCGCGACCUACAUCUUCAGCAUCUACUCCCCCGUCCUAAAAUCCUCCCUCCACUACAACCAACAAACCCUCAACACCCUCUCCUUCUUCAAGGACCUCGGAGCCAACGUCGGCAUCGUCUCCGGCCUCAUUAACGAAGUCGCCCCUCCCUUCGUCGUCCUCCUUCUCGGCGCCGCUAUGAAUCUCUUCGGCUAUCUCAUGAUCUACCUCGCCAUCAUCUCCCGCAUAACUAAGCCUCCAGUUUGGCAGAUGUGCCUCUUCAUAUGUAUCGGUGCCAACUCCCAAACCUUCGCCAACACCGGUGCUUUAGUGACCUGUGUUAAAAACUUCCCUGAAAGCCGCGGCAUCGUUCUUGGUUUGCUUAAAUGUUUCGUUGGACUCAGCGGAGCUAUUCUCACACAGCUGUAUCCUGCUUUCUAUGGAGACGAUUCUAAGUCACUUGUGCUACUCAUCGCUUGGCUUCCGGCUGCGAUCUCUAUUUUUUUUGUUUACACUAUUCGCAUUAUGAAGCCACCGCGCGGCUCCGAAACUGUCAAAACCAGACCUUUUUACUACUUUCUGUACCUCACGGUUGCGCUCAGCGGGUACCUUCUCGUUUUCAUUGUGCUCGAAAAGGUCACAAAUUUCAGCCGCGCAGAAUACAUAGCGAAUGGUGCUGUUGUCAUCUUCCUUCUGUUUCUCCCCGUCGUUGUUGUCAUCAAUGAAGAACUAAACAUUUUGAAGAAGCAGAGCAACCAGCUGGAACAGAGUGAAACUAAACCACCAACUCCCGUAAUAGUCACGACAGUCAACGAAAGCUCCAACACCUCCGUUGAGACAUCGCUAGAGGACAAGCUACCUAAGAAGACUGCUCUUGCAACCAUAACUAAAAUGUUCCGGCCGCCAGCUAGGGGAGAAGACUACACCAUUCUACAAGCCUUAUUCAGCAUAGACAUGAUCGUCCUAUUUUUUUCAACAAUCUGUGGCGUUGGGGGAACCUUGACUGCCAUCGACAAUUUGGGGCAGAUUGGCCAAUCUUUAGGCUACCCUUCUAAAAGCAUAAGCACUUUUGUUUCUCUGGUCAGCAUCUGGAACGCGAUGGGAAGACUUGCAGCGGGCUUCUUGUCUGAGAUUUUCUUAAAAAAAUACAAUUUUUCACGACCACUUAUGCUUACUUUGGUUCUCCUCUUGGCAUGCGCGGGGCAUCUUCUCAUAGCUUUUGGAGUCCCAAACUCGCUCUACAUCGCGUCGGUCAUCAUCGGAUUCUGCUUCGGCGCUCAGUGGCCGUUACUUUUUGCGAUCAUUUCUGAAGUAUUUGGGCUUAAAUAUUACUCUACGCUCUACAACUUAGGCGGCAUAGCGAGCCCAGUUGGGUCUUAUAUUUUGAACGUAAGAGUGGCAGGGCGUUUAUACGACAGGGAGGCGGCUAGACAGAACAAAACGGCGGUGACCGGCGAUGUAAAUGACUCGACUUGUAUUGGAGUGAAGUGUUUUCAGUUAUCUUUUCUUAUUAUUACGGCGGCUACUGUGAUGGGCGCGAUGGUUUCGCUUCUUUUGGUUGUGAGGACUAGGAAUUUCUAUAAGGGAGAUAUAUAUGCCAAGUUCAGGGAGACCACAGCGGAGCUGGCGCUGGCGCCACCGCAAAACGGAGAGAAAAAUUUUGCCGGUGGUAGAGGUCGGAUCGACGGCGUUGAAGAGGUCGUUUUUCUUGAUACGGUGGAAGGUCGAAUAGAGAAAGAUGGGAUCGUUGACGGCUCAAAUUGAAAUCUUGGAUUAUGUAAUGUAUUUAGAAUUGAGUAAUAUUUUUCACUCAACAAAGGAAAAAAACAAACAAAUAAUCAACAACCAUUUUCUUACAUUUAACUAUUUAAGACUAUAAUAAAAUUAAAUAUUCUAGUA